AUGUUGUUGACUCAGCGAUCGAUUUCGUUCACUCGCAGCCGAACCACACCCCUUCUCUACCCGCCGUGCGAAGCAAAGCCACUCAGUGCGAAGAGACAGCUAUAUACGCUUUUGGAAAUGGAAGAAGCUGAUAUUGCCGCUGCAAUGGGCUUCUCAGCCUUUGGGGGUACCAAGAGAAAAUACGACGAGACAAAUUCCCAAAGGGCGAAGGCAUCAACGAGUGGAGCUAAUUCAACCCGGCUAGGGGUUAGAUCAAAGAUUACCUUGGAAGCCCAAAACAAUGAAGCUGAAUCCGAGCCAAACCAGCCAGCAUCAAAGGCCGAUGGAAAGCUAAAGCAGUCAGCAGCCACAGGUCUCGCAGAAUUCCUCUCUCGCGGGAAGGAAAUUGAGCAAAACAGAUCUAAACCUGAAGCACCCGCCGAUCCAUCUUCAAGAGACAACACGUCCGCCGUUCCCAUCUCUUUUGGAGGUGCUCCUAUCUCACAUGACGAGCUGGCUGCCCUUAGAAAAGGAGUCAAAGACGAAGCAGGCGAUAUCGCUUACUUCCUUCCCAGCUUCGUCCAGGACCCGUGGGAGCAACUCUGGAAAAACAGGCGGUGA